AUGGCGGAGUCGAUCCAGUCCCUCAAACGAUCCUACACGGUUCCUUCCAGACCUCCGCAUCGCAUGCGGCACUCCCUGGGCUCAUACGACACACCGCACAUUUCCAUUCCCUCUGACGAUCUGCUGUUCUACCAUCCCUCGGCGACUAUCGUUAAAUUCGAACUCCCGCAAUCCUCCAGUUCUAGCCCUAUUCUCCCCGACCUAGACUACCCUGUUGAUGCUAUCGAGACGCUGCCUUGGAAGACGCGGUCUGAAACAAUUGCUGCCAUCGGGGUAUUAAGGAUAGAAAACGUUGCUGGGUCGGCGGCCUUCCUUAAAUCUGGCAACGUGGUGUAUGCCCUCUUAAAAAACUGCCAAUGCUGGUGCGUUGAUGCCAAAUCCAAAUUCGUUCUGCGUGUGAGGAAGCUCACGUACUACCGGAUCGAAUUUCCGCAUGAAACGGAGGAGGACGCACACAAGGUGGAAGAGUGGAAACAAGUUCUGUCGAAGAUAAUCCGGUAUGAAAUAACGCCCUGUCCUUUCAAACGAGGGUUUUCCGUCCAACUCCCGGAAGAAGCGAAAACCCCCAAGAAGAAGCGAGCAUGGCGCCCUAAAACAACAUUCAAUCUGCCUGUGCGCCCGCUGGACUUUGAAGGGAGCGUGUGCUCUGAUGACCGCGAGUCAAGUGAUUUUGGGAGUGCCGGAGAUGAGAUAGACACCCACAGUGAACGGAGCGGCAGCCUGCCUCCUGUCGGGCGGCGCUAUUCUUACGACCAUCGAUCAUCACCAAUACCCAUCCCGAAGAGGGCGAGCUUCCGAGUAGUCUCAGAGCCGACACCGAAUUUUGAAUCUUUGCUCGCACGGUUUCAGCCCGGGCCCAGGUCCGACAAGAGCAGCUGUGACGAAGUCGGGAGCAUCGCCUCAAGUGCGUCAUCCUUCCAUUCGGUGAUCGAUAACUCCCCGUCUCCGCCUUUAGAAUCCUAUUCCACUCCGCCGUCUCCCCGACUACCUGCGUCCGAAAGCCCGCCGCAUGUGGCUACAAAGCCUAGCCAUACUAGAGAUACUUCCGUAGCGACCGUCGUCCCUGAGCCUGCAGACGAUCCUAGCCCUUUGUCACCGCCACCACUGUCACCCCCGCCAACUAUCCACGACCAAGACACCUCUACCAACUCCCGCACAUCAGCUGAAUUGGGCUCAUCUCCCCAAGCUCCAACCCACAAUGAUCUAGAGGUCCCUGUAGAGAACCGAAACUCAACUAUCCGCCGACGCAUUCGCGCUUCAAGGCAGCGCUCCUUUUCUCCCUUACCACCAUCAUCGACGCUAUUUACACCCACUCCAAGGUCUCCUAUUAAUAACUUGAUUGAUGCUGUUUUUGAAAAGACCUAUACCUUUGUACUUGGUCCCCCUAUACACCUUUUAGUGAUGUUUUUAAGACUUGCAGCUGAAGUGGCUGCGGGGGAUAACCCUCGGGGCGCAGCAGGUCCUGGCCCGAGGAGACCCUCCUUUCGACCUGAGACGAUGGACGAUACUGACGAUAUUUGGAGUGAAGAUGACUUUGGCAAUCCGCUUUCUUCAGCUGCUACAAAGCAAAGCAGAGAUUAUCCGUCGGGCGCGGAUUCUUCAGACGAAGUGGACUGA